AUGAGUGACGGAGAACAAGUAACAUCUGCUCCUGCAUUAUCCACAUAUCAGGACGAGUGUACAUUUUCGUAUGCACAAAUCCCAGAAGGUGUGCGAAACAAGCAGUAUUUAGGAUUAGAUUCAAAAGCAUCAUCGGAAGACACUGUUCAAGCCAUAAGACAUUAUUAUGACUUGGAUGAGUUGGUGACAAUAUUGGCAGAGCAGGAUGAAGAGACCAAAGAACGCAGAUAUAAGAAAGUAACGCUCCAGUUCCCCGAUGAGCUAUUGGGUGACUCAGCUUGUAUAGUACAGGAACUCCAACGGGAAUUGGGACUCAUUGUGGAGUCAAGUACAAGGACGGAGAAUAGCGAACUUUGUAGUGGUCAAUGCAGUUGUGGUAGUGACAAUAACACUUGUCAUGUCAAGAAGGAUGAGUCUGAAGGACAGAAGAUUUGGAUAUUGGCAGAUACUUCCUAUUCCGCAUGUUGUGUAGAUGAAGUGGCGGCAGAACAUGUUAAGAGUGAUUUGGUUAUUCAUUUCGGAGAUGCAUGUCUCAAUACUAUUGAAAGUCUUCCUGUGGUUUAUGUGUUUGGACGUCCUAUAUUUGAUGUUGAAGCAAUUCGGGAGAGAUUUGUUAGUGAAUAUCCAGAGAAAGAAGCCAAGAUCUUGCUUAUGGCAGAUGCCACCAAUACCAGGUAUUUAAAAGGUUUGUAUGAGAGGUUGCUAUUGGACUAUCCGAAUAUUGCAUAUGCUGAUUUGGUUUUAGAUCCAAAGGCAGAUGCCAGAAUCAUAGGCUAUAAUCCUCAAACUGUUGUAAAGCCAAUUAAUUUGAUGUUGAAUCGGAAUUUAGUUGGUAUAGACUUUGAAUGUGAUGAAGAAGAAGAGCAAGAGGCAAGAGAGCAAGCCAUUGAUAGUAAGCUUUGUGAAUACUCAUUAUUUCAUAUCACACAACCGCAUGCUCCUCGUUUGUUACAGCUAAUUACCAAAUUUGAAACGGUAAAGGUUUACAAUCAUGUUGAAGAUGAGAUGUUUGAAGGUCCAUUCCCCAAUUUAAGAGUUAGAUAUAGAGCUUUGCAUAUGGCCCGAGCUGCUGGAACUGUUGGAUUAUUGGUCAAUACAUUAUCACUUGCUAAUACCAAGAACUUACUCAAUUUGAUGGCUAAGAAGAUCAAAAAAGCUGGGAAGAAGCUGUAUACUUUUGUUGUUGGUAAGCCAAACAUUGCAAAGUUAGCUAACUUCGAAGCCAUUGAUGUUUGGUGUGUCUUAGGAUGUGAUCAUCAAGGAAUAAUAUUGGACCAAGAUCGAGAAUACUAUAAACCUAUAGUCACACCUUUUGAGUUGUCGUUGGUGUUAGGUGAUGAAUUUUCAUGGACCGGUAAAUGGGUUACCGAUUAUCAAAGAGUCAUAUCGUUGUUUGAGAAUGGACAAGAUGAAGAACCAGAUCAACAAGAAGCCAUGACAUCCGAAACAUAUGAAGACAUAGAAGAACCUACUUUUAAUCCUGUUACGGGUCAAUUUGCUGAAAGUAGACCCUUAAGAAGGUUACAAUAUUUACAGAUCAGUGGAGCCACGGAAAACGAUAGUUCGUCUACUGCAGUAGUGAAGAAACUAAGCUCAGAGGUUGCUAUCAAGGGUUCAGUUUCCACAUCUGCUGUUACACUUCAGAAUAGAAGCUGGACUGGACUUGGAAGUGAUUUCAACGAAGAUCUUGAAGAGGGUAGUAUUGCAGAACAAGGCAGAGGUGGUAUUGCUAGAGGAUAUGAUUAUGAUAAGGAUAUUCAUGCCAUUUAA